AUUGCAAUGGCUGACAGACUCCAGCAGCAGCACAUAUUGAUUAGCAUUUUAAGAUCCAAUAUGGCCAAAGCUUAGAAUAAACAUAAGCAGAUGGGAGAUUCUCAUCGUAUUGAGAGAGCAUUCCAGGUGGGAGAUUUGGUGUUCCUCAAGGUCAGACCCUAUAGACAAACUUCAGUGGUCAGCAGAGCAAACCAGAAAUUGGCUGCUAAGUUCUUUGGUCCAUUUCCAGUUGAGAAGAAGAUCGGGGCUAUAGCUUACAGAUUCAAGUUGCCAAUAAGGUCUGUUAUUCAUCCUGUCUUUCACGUCUCCCUUUUGAAGCGGGCCAGAGUGAAUACUGAUCUCCAAGUACAACCCAAUUUACCUGCUGUUGAUGAUAAGGGAGCUAUGAAGUUGGAACCUGCGACCAUUUUGGCCAGGAGAGUAGUGGCAUAAGACAACAAAUCGUUGACUCAUUUGCUGGUACAGUGGACUCAUCAGACAGAGGAAGAUGCCACUUAUUGGGAGUCAUGGAUUGACUUUCAGGCCAAAUUUCCAAAUUUUCAAGCUUGUGCUAAAGGAGUGGGGAGUUGUAACAAACGGACCUAAUUAUAAAUAGUUAGAAGUUGAGUGAGGAGAUAUGAAGAUUAGUGGGGUCGUUUGGUUAAUUGCCACCUUGUAUAAAGAAAGACCGCAAGACCGU